AUGGCCAAGUCAGAUGGCCCGCUUCGCGAUGUGACCCAAGUCGCCAUCUGCCCCGAUCAGAAGGCGCUAUCCCAGAUACCCUUCAUAGAGUUCAUCAUCGGCACCAAUGGAAUCGUCAUUGUCAAUCCGAAGACGCCGAGUCUGACUCUCUUCACCCGUCCCUUCAAGAACGAUCCCGCCAGCGCCACCAAGACGAUUGCGCGCCGCGCUACCGAGCUGCUCAAUGCGUACUUCGCCAUCGUUGAUGUGGCCCACGAGAAGAAUCUGAAGGCAGCGCGGCAACCGAGCAAGGCCUGGGGCUUAGCAUUGGAGUAUCUGCGCACCAAGAACUGGCCUGCCUAUUCAGUUACAGAUGAGAAGAUGCAGCUGGCCAUGGUAGCCUUUGCGGAUGCCCGCAUGCGCUACCUCGAUAACGGUGGCAGAGGAAAGAAGGUUCCCCUCAAGUCAAGCUUCUUCAAGACCCUCGCCGAGUUGCUGGACAAGUUCAAUGAAAUGCGUUACCCUCCCGCUCUGCCUCUCGAGUGCCAGACCUCCGAAGACGCCACUGCUUCUACCGCGCCAUCAACGCCAGCCGACCUCCCCUCCCGUCAAGCUACCCCCGAAGGCACAGAAGACUCCCUCUUCGUCAGCAGUCCCGAGCCUAACGACCGCACCGCUGCCUCUGGCCCCUUGCCUCUUCAGCAUGAUGACAGUCUCACGUUCUCGCUUUUCGAGGAACUUCAGCAAGUGAAGGACGAUUUGGAAGAGGUCAUGGCUACAAUCGUGGAGAUGGAGAAGAAGAACAAGAAGGAGAAGGAGAAAACCAACGCAUGGUCUGGUGCGCUGUACUCCCGGUCAUGA